AUGGACGCGGGUCCAGGCCCAGGCUCCCUCGCUCUGGAUGGGAGCCAGCCGCUCAAUUGGCAGUUUCUGCAGUGCUUUGGCGAGAGAACACCAGGAGAGGAAAUACAGGAAGCGGACAUCAUAUCAGCCAUCGAGUUCGAUGCAAGCGGCCAGCAUCUUGCCACGGGGGAUAGAGGGGGACGGGUGGUUCUGUUCGAGAGGGUGGCCUCACAAGGGCGGACAGCAGGGAUGGAGCAGAGGCAACCCAGGGGGCGACUCAGCUCUUUUGAGUUCCGAUACAUGACAGAGUUCCAGAGCCACGAGCCUGAGUUUGACUACCUCAAGUCCUUUGAGAUUGAGGAGAAGAUCAACAAAGUGCGAUGGGUCAACCAGCCGUCAGCCAGCCGCAUGAUUCUGUCGACCAAUGACAAGACCAUAAAGCUCUGGAAGGUCUAUGAGAAGAAGGUCCAGCACUUGACAAACUACAACACAGUAGAGCAGCAGCCUUCAUGGUCCAUACCAGCAGGGGGGGUGAACAGUUUCUCAUCGCCAGCAAAGACCAAGUUGUCUCUGCUGGCAGACCAGAAGCUUGCGCCGCGCUCCCCAAAGGUACCGGAAUUGAGGACUUUGAGGGUUCCUCAGGUGGCGAGCACCGAGGUAGUGCUGGCGGCGCGGUGCCGGAGGAAGUAUGCGAACGCGCACACCUACCACGUGAACAGCAUAGCACUGUCGAGCGACCAGGAGACGUUCAUCACGGCGGACGACCUGCGCGUCAACCUGUGGCACCUCGACAUCUCCGACCAGGCCUUCAACGUGGUCGACAUGAAGCCCGCCAACAUGGACGAGCUGACAGAGGUGAUCACAGUAGCUGACUUCCACCCGCGGCACUGCCACACGUUCGCGUUUGCUACCAGCAAGGGCGCCAUUCGAAUGGCAGACCUGCGCGCCAGCGCCCUCCUGGACAACUCCUGCAAGGUCUACGAGGAGCAGGCGGAAGCCCCCGGGCCGCGCUCUUUCUUCACAGAGCUGCUGUCGUCCAUGUCGGACCUGAAGUUCAGCCGCGACGGGCGCUACAUGCUGGCGCGCGACUUCAUGACGCUCAAGCUGUGGGAUGUCAACAUGGAGUCCUCCCCCGUCGCCACCUACCCCAUCCACGAACACCUCAAACCCCGGCUGUGCGAUCUGUACGAGAACGACUGCAUAUUCGACAAGUUCGACUGCGCCUUCAGCGGCGACGGCAGCCACCUGGCGACGGGCACCUACUCCAACUGCUUCCGGGCGCUGUCAGUGGAGGGCAUGGAGGAGGGCGAGGCCGGCGCUGACGUCACUCUGGAAGCCAGCCGGGACCCCCAGCGAAAACGCCUGCAGACGCCCGCCAAGUCGCAUGGGAGGUUUGGGCUCUCGAGGGGCAACAACGCAAAGCGCGCAGCGCUGCAGAACAGCGGCGGCAGCCCAGCCCCGCCCCCGGAUGCGGCGGCGGCCGCCGGUGGCGCCGCACCCGAUGGAACCUCAUUGGACUUCAACACAAAGCUGCUGCACCUCGCGUGGCACCCAGAAGUCAACCUCAUAGCAGCCGCGGCCUCGAACAGCCUGUACAUGUACUACGCUCGUUAG